UUUCCCUCCUCUCCUCUGAUCCAGAAAAGGGAUUCGGAAGAGGUAGGAAAGGAUGCUGUUUAAUAAUCAACGCGCUUUACAUUCUCCCAUCCGAACGGCAACUGUCCAUCCCCGAGGAAAAGACAAACUCCCAAACAUGUCGGAAGAUGACACAGUCUUAAACAAUGGCUGCGAAAAGGUCAGCGUUACAGAUUCCACACCAGAAAAUCCCAUGAAACCACCGAUCUCAAGACGUAAGCAACAUAAGAAGCUAGUCCGAUUAUUGACCGUUAUGGCUUACGUAUUCUCCGUAUCUCUGGGAGCAAUUGUCUUGUCUUUGUACUAUGUUUUUCUAUGGGAUCCACAAAUACAGAGAGACGGUAAGAAACUGACCUCCAUGCCUAAUCCGCAACAUCUGAAGUCACCAGAGAGUGGUCACUACGAAGAAGUCACAAAUCUUUCCUGGACGGCAACAACGACUGGGUCACCUGUAACUACGGCGACAAUCAGAGGAAAAUGGUGAAAGUCAUACUUAGAGAGCAUCGAUACUUUUCCUUAAAAAGAAGU